AUUUAUAUAUAUGUUUGUGUAUGUGUCUGCGGCUCGACAACUAAAAAUAUAUUGUGCGCUUCAUAUUUUUGGAUUCGACUUCAGUUGUUGCCCCUUUGCAACGUUGUUGCUGGGUCGCUGCUUCUUGGAUUUUGUAAGCAAGGCACGAAAUAAAUAUAUAUAACAACAUCUACAACAACAACAAGUAGAACAACAACAACUAAGGUGUUUUUGGCCCGUGGCGCGACAGGCAUAAAGCAAACAGCAACAGACUUUGCCAGUGUUAGAUGCCAAACGCUUCAGCUGAACAGAGAUUGAUGCUGCCAGUCAACGCACAAACAACAACAACAACAAGAGCAUACGACAACCGCCGAGCUGAGUACAAACAGCAAUUGAGAUAUUUCGAUUUCGCUUAAUGACGCUGAUUAAAACAUGAACGCACUCGAUAUGAAUAAACAAUUUCUAAGCGUUUCGCAGGAAUCGCACUCGAGCGAUGCUCAACGCAAUCGAACACGCUCGGAACGCGCUUCGAGCUUGGCCUUGCCACUCAACUCACUGCUGGACUUUUAUGACAAGCAGCAGGAGCAAUGCAAGUCGGUUACAUUGCUGCCGCUGCCCAGCGGCAACAAUAGCAACAGCAACAGCAGCACCAACAUCGACAACAUCAACAACAGCAGCAGCAGCAGCUCCAGCAGCAUUGUGAGGCGUCACUCGUCCCACUACUAUCCCAUGCUCGAGGACAAGCAGAAGCCAAAAUCUGCCGCCGAUCUGCUGGUAAACAUGGCGGAUCAGAAAUAUUGCAAGUCAGCCAAGCAGCAGCAGCUGGUGCGUGUGGACACGCCCGUCACGCCACCGCCGCCCAUACCGCGUCGCCUGAUGCGCGCCGCCAAAUGCGGCUGGCAGCCCGGCAGCCAGGAUGUUGGCCAGGAUAUAGUCGCCGCUGCCGCCGUCGCCGCCGCCGCCGCUGCGGCUGCCAAUGGCAGCAAUGUAUUUGUUUAUCCGCAGCCAGCGAGCGCCAGUCAGAGCAUUGAAUGCACAGCGAACGCUGGCGCAGGUGGUGCUGGUGGUUUGAGUGGUGUGGGUGGUGUGGGUGGUAUUGGUGGUGCUGGAGCAGGGGGCGUGGGACAAUCAGCGCUGCUUGUUGACCUAGCCGCACGUCCGACAUACACGGAUGCCGAUGGCAUAUCCGAUGACGACCGCAUGAGCUUGGAGAAUUCCGUUUUCGAUGAGUCACUGACCUCCACACCCGUCAAGGUCGCCGGCUAUGCGCACAGCAGCAGCAGCAGCAGUCGCUACGGCAUGAUGGCCAAGCGCGCCCAGCGCUCCUCCAGCAGCACCGCCGACUCGGCGUAUGGCUCAUCCACGGGCGGGCAUAGCGAACGCUUCGCCUCCAGCUCGACCAGUGUGGACUUUCGCAGUCGCUUCUCAUCGGUGGACACGCAAUCGUCGCUGGACGAGAAGCCGCCGAGCAUUUCAAUCGAUUCGCCGCUGGCCAAGGACACGUGCCGCCUCGAGCGAGCCGCUCUCAACGAUGUCAUGCACAAGCUCAACAAUAAUCUGUACAACAACAGCAGCAACAAUAGCAACAGCAACAUCAAUAGCAGCAGCAGCAGCAGCAACGCCACUGGCUGCAAUCCCAACAACAACAAACUGCCGCAGGUGCCGGCCCGGAAGAUGCCCCAGCUGCCGGCCAAGCUGCCACCGCCGCCGCCCAAUCCGAAAAGCAGUCACAACUCGAGCAGUGACAGCGGCAAGGAGGCAAGCAGCAGCAGUGUCUCCGCCUCGGCGUCCACUUCGUCCGCUGGCAGCGGCUCGAGCACCAUAUCCAGUGCCACCAUGUCAUCCAGUUCGGGCGCCGAGGCGGCUGUUGCCGCGGCCGCCAGCUCAGCCAACAAUCAAGUGAAACGUCCAGGUCCGCCGGAGCCGCCCUUGCGCAAUCUGAGUGCAUUCGAGUGCAUGGACAAUGUGGCCAAGGUGCAUCAGGCGGGCACACCGCAGGCAGCACAGACACCAUCGGCACCACCACCACCACUGACCGUGCGCAACAAGCUGACGCGCAAGAAGCCGCCGCCCAUUGUCUAUCCCAAGCUGCAGCAGCGGCAGGACUCCACGCUGUCCAGCGACAGCUACUCCAUCAGCUCCAGCCCCGGCUACAACUCGAAGCUGAUGGAGACGCCGCUGCUCGCCUCCACGCAGACGGCGCGCAAGAGCCAGGCGCCCAGUGUGGUGCAGCGACAGCCGCUGAUGGAUUUGGUGCCAUCACGAUUUGGCAUUGGCUCCGGCAGCAAUCAGCCUCAGCAGCAGCAGCAGCARCAGGCGACGCCGAUGCGUGGCAAGAUGAAUUUCCGCCAGGACUCGACAAUAUCCAGCGACAGCUUCAGUCAGACCUCCAGUCCGGGCUACAAUCCCAAGCUGAUGGAGGCGCCGCUGCUGCCCUCGUUGUCCGCCAAGCGGCUGUGCAGCGCCCCGGCGCCCAUUGUGUGUCGCCAGGGCGUGCAGCACGAGCCCAUCGAGGAGCUGGAGCCGCCCCAGACGCUGUCGCCGCUCAACAAGUGCGCCAGCGCCACGCCCAGCAGCCUACAAACCAUCGUGCGCUUCCAGAACGGAGCACCGCACACCAUGUCCUUGCAGCAUCAGAUCAUCAAUCGACGCAAGAGCUCGAAUCCUUACAUCACCAACGGCCGCUUGAAGUUUCGCCUCUUCCAAAUCCUGAUCAAUGCCUUCGCCCUGCUGGCCAUCGCCGGCGGCUUGGCUGCCUACUUCAAUGCCUAUCCCACAAUUAAGUUCGUCAAUAAGACCAUCAUCAAUACCAUCCAUGUGGAGGAUACGUCGAACUUUGGCAAGAAUCCGGCCCCGGGCACCUGUCUGCCCAUCAUCAUCAAGUUCUGUCAGGGCUCGCAGAUACCCUACAAUUACACCGUGUUCCCUAAUUACAUUGGACACUUUGGUCAGCUGGAGACGCAAGUGGAUCUGGACUCCUUUGAGGCUUUGGUCGAUGUGCGCUGCUACGAACUGGUCUCGCUCUUCCUCUGCACGCUCUUCGUGCCCAAGUGUGGACAGACGGGCGCCGCUGUGCCGCCCUGUAAGACGCUCUGCACGGAAACAAUGCGUCGCUGUGGCUUCUUCUUUGACGUUUUUGGCUUGAGUCUGCCGGAGUAUUUGAAUUGCAAACUGUUCAAGGACUUUUCCAGCGCCGAGGACUGUGUGGGCUUGGAUGAGGUGCGUGAGGUCAUGGUAUCGUCGGCGAAUCCCAAAUGCGAUGGCUUCCAGUGCGACACCAGCCGCUGCCUGCCUAAGGAAUACGUGUGCGAUGGCCACCUGGACUGCAUGGACCAGGAGGACGAGGGCAACUGUUCGCGCUGUCACGAGGGCGAAAUCUAUUGUGGAGACGAGCGUUGCAUUAGCAUCGAUCACAUUUGCGACGGCGUCAUCGACUGUCCCUACGCACAGGACGAACGCAAUUGUUUGCGUCUGAGUGAGCGCAAUGGCGAUGUGGGCUCGGGCGUCUUGGAGGUCUUUCGUAUGAGCAAGCGCCAAUGGAUGCCAGCCUGUGUGAAGAACUGGGAUCGUGCCGUCUCGCCCAGCGCUGUCUGCUCCAUCCUGGGCUAUUCGGCCGUGAAUGCCACCAGCGUGGUGACCCAGCGCACGCAUCGUCCGCUGCUGGCCUCGGUGAAUGUCUCCACGGACAUCUGGAAGCUGUAUGCCAAACGCCGCUCGACGCUGAUGCAGGAAUUUGCCAACUGCCGGCAGACAGAGGAUUAUCCCAUAGCUGAGCUGACCUGUUCCAAUUUCGAGUGCGGCAAGGUCAAGCGUGGACGUCACAAGCCCUCCAGGCGCAUCAUCGGCGGCUCUCAGGCCAAUCCCGGCAAUUGGCCCUUCCUGGCUGCCAUCCUGGGCGGACCCGAGAAGGUGUUCUACUGUGCAGGCGUGCUCAUAUCCGAUCAGUGGGUGCUCACCGCUUCCCACUGUGUGGGCAAUCAUACGGUUAUCGACUUGGAGGAUUGGACCAUACAGCUGGGCGUUACGCGUCGCAAUUCGUUUACCUAUACGGGUCAAAAGGUCAAGGUCAGAACGGUCAUACCACAUCCGCAGUACAAUAUGGCCAUAGCCCAUGACAAUGACAUAGCCCUCUUUCAGCUGGCCACGCGUGUCGCUUUCCAUGAGCAUCUGCUGCCCGUCUGUCUGCCGCCGCCCAGCAUCAAGAGUCUGCGACCCGAACAACUGUGCACCGUCAUUGGCUGGGGCAAGCGCGAGGACAAGGAUCCCAAGUCCACCUACGAGUUCAUAGUCAAUGAGGUGCAGGUGCCCAUCAUAACGCGCAACCAAUGUGACGAAUGGCUGGACAAUCUAACCGUGUCCGAGGGCAUGGUCUGUGCGGGCUACGAUGACGGAGGCAAGGAUGCCUGUCAGGGGGAUUCCGGCGGACCUCUGCUGUGUCCAUAUCCUGGCGAAAAGGAUCGUUGGUUUGUCGGCGGCAUCGUCUCGUGGGGCAUCAUGUGCGCCCAUCCCAAGCUACCCGGCGUCUAUGCGAAUGUCAUCAAGUAUGUGCCGUGGAUCAACGAACAAAUCCAGAAAUAUUCACGUCCAGCCAACGAGGAUCCAGUGCAAAAAUACGAUCUGCAUCCGGGCGGACCCGAUAUACUCUCCAAAAUGGCAACGGGUCCGGUGAGGAAGCGGAAACCCUUCAACUAUCACAAUGGCAAGCCGAAGGGCAUUGACUUCUACGACAGUGAGGAGCGUAAGUAAGCGAACAGAACGAAAUUGUAAAACCACGAAAUACAUAUGUAUACCUAGCCUAUAUAGAGAAAUGGCCAUAUUAUGAUCUUUGAAUAGAGCAUAUCCUUAAAACGUUUGCACAAAGUACAAAGCCGAAAAGCUCUUGUGCUCGAAACACAAACACACACAUAUACCCUAUACAUAUACAUGUAUAUAUAUGUGGUCAUAUAUAUAUAUAUACACAUAUCUAUUUUGCUACUGAACUUGAGGUAUAGCUGGUAUUUUGAAACAGCAUUCAAUGAUUCCACUUGAAAUCAACUUAAAUCUGGGGCAACAUAAGCGUAAUGUCAAUUUUUGCCGAAUUUAUUUGUCAAUUUUUUUACACAGAGUUUUCUAUGAAAUCCGAAAUUCGAUAUCCGAAAUCAGAAUUCGAAAAUAAAAAAUCAAAUGUCAAUGGAUAAAUACAUAUAUAUAGAAAACAUAUAUAUAUAAACAUAUUCCCAAACAUAAUCCCUGUGUAUCAAUGUGUCUAAGAAAAAGUAAACGAUUGUGGACAAUAAAAUAUGAAACUAAAGAGAUAUACAUAUAUAUUUAAAGAAAACACUACACAGCUUUAGCUUAAGAUAAAUGUAAACACUUUGGUGUCUGUAUAACUACUAUAAAGGAAAUCUAACUGUAAACAAAAAUGUAUGAUUGCCGCCAAGAAAAA